CAUCCCUCACCCACAAAUGCCUUUCGCCUGUGGCAGACGUUCGUCGAUAAUGUGGACCCUUUGGUCAAGAUUGUCCAUACGCCUACCGUCCAAUCGCGAUUCUUGCAAGCGAUCAUGAUGCCUGACGGUAUUGAGCCUUCAUUUGAGGCUCUCAUGUUUGCUAUCUACUAUGCUGCAACCAUUAGCUCACAGGCCACUGAAACUCGAGAGGUCUCCUUGAGCGAACAUCGAACCAGCGAACUUGCGAAAUAUCGCUGGGGUCUCAACCAUUCCUUAGCCGCAGCAGGCUUCUUCCAACGAAGCCGUGACGUUGUCAGCUUGCAGGCCUUUGUCAUAUACCUUGUAGGAAACAAACCUUACUGCCAUCAGCUACUGAUUCCCUGCGUCUGGACUCUGGUUAGUCUUGCUAUUCGAGUGGGGAUGCGCGUGGGUCUGCAUCAGGAACAACCCUCCCAAGCCCGAACGCCCUUCGAAAUUGAGAUGCACCGUCGUUUAUGGUGGCAGAUCUGUACCCUGGAUACAAGAAGCGCCGAGGAUGAAGGAACUUUGCCGCUAAUCUCGCAAGCAAUGUCGAAAACUCCUCUACCCAGUAACAUAGCGGAUGCCGACCUUCAUGCUGAAAUGAGCCAAAUGCCCAAAGUAAGCAAGAGUGGCACCGCGAUGUUUUACAACAAUGGACGAAUCGAGACGACCCAGGGACUACGGAACAUUCUAUUCGUAGAUGCCACCUCUCAUUCAGAGGAGGUAGAGAAAAGCCCAUCCCUGCAAAACAAGAUUGAAGCUAUUGACACACUGGAGAAUCGAGUGCAGUCCGAGUACUUCGAUCAUUGCGAUACCAAGAUUCCGCUUUGCAAUUUCGCCGUCACUACCAUCCGGCUUGUCUUCCUCAAGGCUCGGCUGACACUGCAUAUCAGCCAUAGUAACCGUCCCGUGGAGUGGUGUCCAGAGAUCGAUGAUUUCCUUUUUAAUACCAGCGUGGACAUCUUGGAGAGAACUCAAGCGUUGGUAACAUCACAUCAAUACGAACGCUGGUGGUGGCUAUUUCGCACAUACGUCGAAUGGGACGCGUUAGCACUAGUACUUCGAGGCUUGUGUCGAAAGCCUGAUCGGACCAAUGCAAGUAGGGCCUGGGCGGCGAUUGAG